GCGGUCCCUGCCAUCUUACCUACUGGCUGUCUGUGAUCCUGGGCUUGAACUUAGUGAGAAUUCCCUUUAGCUCCACCAUGUGGAACCGACGGCAGGGCCGUCUCAGGCCGGUGGGAUGCGGGGUGGAAGAGCUACGGCGCCGCCGGCGGGAGCGAGAGGCAGCAUUGCGGAAGGCGAGGAGGGAGCAGCAGCUGGUCAGCAAGAGGCUCCUGAGAGAUGACACCCCAGAGGAAGCUGAAAGUGGAUGCGUGGCCUUGAUCCUCGGGGAAGCCGAGAUCCAGCAGUUCCUGUGGUCAGCCCAGCGGGGAACAGAGGAAAAGGAGAGAGAGGGAGCUCUGGCCAGCCUUCGCCGAGGCUUGCAGCGCCCAGAGACACAGCAGACCUUCAUCAGGCUGGAGGGCAGCAUGCGGACUCUGGUCGGGCUCCUGACCAGCAACCAGGCCCUGCUGCAACUUGAGGCGGCUCGGUGCCUUCACGAGCUCUCUCAUUCCGAGCAGUCUGCGGUGGCUGAGGCCUGCCUGCCAGCCACUUCCUACCUUCUCACCUACCUCUCCGGUCACAGCUCUGAUUUUAUAGAGCUCUGUCUGUAUACACUGGGUAACCUGAUCGUGGAGAGUGAAGCUGUGAGGAGUAAGCUCCUGCCACAGGGCAUUGUUCCAGCCUUGGCUGCCUGCAUCCAGUCUCCUCAUCAGACUGUGCUGGAAGCCCUUGGAUAUGCCUUGUCCCAGCUCCUGCAGGCUAAGGAAGCUCCAGAAAAAAUCAUCCCCUCCGUCCUGGGCUCCGCUCUCCCCCAGCACAUGCUGCAACUAUUGCAGCCUGGCCCAAAGCUGAACCCCGGAGUUGCUGUGGAGUUUGCUUGGUGCCUUCACUACAUCAUCUGCAGCCAGGUCAACAAUGCCUUGCUCAUCACCCAUGGGGCUCUGUCCACUCUGGGGCUGCUGCUGUUGGACUUGGCUGGUGCUGUCCAGAGAUCUGAGGAUACAGGACUGGAGCUGCUGGUGUGCCCUGUGCUUCGGUGUCUUAGCAAUUUGCUAACAGAGCCAGCAGUGGAUGCUGUGGGAGGGCAAAUGGAGCUCAGAGAUGAGCGUGUUGUGGCAUCCUUAUUUAUCCUUCUGCAGUUCUUCCUCCAGAAACAGCCCAGCCUGCUUCCUGAGGGCCUCUGGCUCCUUAACAACCUCACUGCAAACAGUCCUAGCUUCUGUACCUCCUUGCUCUCCCUGGACCUGAUUGAGCCUCUCUUGCGGUUGUUACCAGUAUCUAAUGUGGUGAGCGUAUUGGUGCUCACAGUUCUGUGCAACGUUGCAGAGAAGGGUCCUGCUUAUUGCUGGCAUCUGUGGCCAGGGCCCCUGCUCUCUUCCUUGCUGGACACUUUGGUCUUCUCUGACACUGAAGUAGUAGGCCAGACUUUGGAGCUGCUGCAGCUGCUGUUCCUCUAUCGGCCAGAGACUGCCCAGGCCUUCCUGCAGCAAUCAGGGCUACAGGCCCUUAAAAGGCAUGAGGAGGAGGCACAGCUCCAGGAUCGAGUGCAUGCUCUCCAGCAGACAGCUCUUCAUGGGUGACCUGGCUUCUCAAUGUCACUUACUCCACUCCCCCUCAUCCCAGCUUCCGUGCCCAUGGAGUCCCUUUUGGGGGUUUAGGACCAUAAUGACUCCUCAUGUUCUCUGAUCCCACACCUAAGCCUAAACCAAGGCCUUUGGACUUCAGCUCCUGCUCUUUCUCAGCACUGUCCAGGCAGGACCCGAGGGAAGUGGGUUUGGUCUACUUACUCUGGGGCCCUGGAAUCUCUCUCCCUCUGUUAUGUUUUAGCAGCUGGUGGCCUUUGAUGGGACAGAAUAGAAUAAAGUUUUUUAUUUUUAUAUUAAA